AUGCCAGGAGACAUGAGCUUGCCCCUCCGAAUUACCCUCCCGUACUGCCUGCAACAGUCCCCCAAGCCACAUCCCAGCCGCCACGACAUUCAUACCAAGCACCACCGCCGCACCCCCAGCCGCACCAUCACCUCCCCCAAUGCCCACCUUUGCCGUGGCCUCAUCGUCCCCAUUCCCUUUCGGACGAACUACACCACGGCAAAUACCCACACGGCAGCCACCAGCGGCACAGCCCCGGGCUCUCCUACCGAGCCCAGUGGCCUGAGGGACCCAGCCAGCGCACCUGCAGCACAAGCACCCGCCGCCGCUGCCUUCCCUACCGGUCGCCAUGCAGGUCACGACAGUGGAGCUGCUGCUGGUGCUGGUGCUGAGGCUGAGGCUGACGGUCGUCUCCUAGAGGUCGCACAGCAACAUGUAAAUCAGAACGGUCAGGGAGGUGAACGGAACUCUGGCUUUUCAUCAAGGAGCGGCGCCGCCGCUGCCGUUCCUGCCGCCGCCGCGGCCCGGGGCGAUGGCCGGCCAAGCAGCUACAGCCGCAGCACCGGCAGCAGCUUGUGGCGGUGGUGGUCCACGUGGACGUCGAGUCUGCCGGCGCGGUACCGCGGCGGCAGUAGCGGCUGUAGCCAGCAUCCGUCGAUUGUCCAGGAUUGGGGCCUGCUGGGGACGCAGCUGAGACGGAGAGGUGACAACGAAGGCGGCGAACCGAGCGACGACGAUGAUGCGUGUGUCAUUUGCGGCAGCGGCAACAGUUUUAUAUGUGGCGACGGCGGCGGCGGCGGCGGCGGCGGCGCGGUAGCUGUCGCCCUGGCAUCGACAGGUGUACGAGCUGGAGAAGCUCAGAAGGGAGCUCGCGUCGCCACCGUCAAUUACAGCAGCUCGUACGAUGUCUCGUGCGACGCCAAAUCUGCCGUACGCGAAGCCGAUCCGGCGGUGGUGCUGUGCAGCAUGAGUUCUGGAAAGGGAACUGCCGUACGGACUAAUGGAGAUGUCGCUGGAUACGCGGAACCGGCAGCAGCAGCAGCAGCUAUUGCUGCGGGCGCCGCUGCCGUCGGUGACCGUGCCGCCGCCGCCGUCCCAGUGCCGGCGGCAUCGCCUGUAUCCGCAUGUACUGGAUUCGACGGCAGCGGCCGUGACGAUGUACGGCCGAUCAUGUCGUACACGUCACGGCUAGGACGGUUUGUUCUGCCUGGGCUUCAUCUGCUCUGGCGACAAAAGAAGAAUGCGCUAAAUCGAACACCAGAUACCGCCGCCGCCAGCGGCGGCGGCGUCAGCGGCGGCGGCGAUGACAGCCAGCUUGCUAACGGUCACAAGGACACCCCCAGCUCCGCCACCGCAGCUGCCGCCGCCGCGGCAUCUUCCAGAGAGUUGCCGGAGGCAAGUCGUCGCGCGUCGUACAACCAACUGUUGUACGGCGUUUCCAGUGCUGUGCGGCGUGUAUCGUCGGCCACGGCGGCGAUUUGCAGGUGCACCUUGAGGACACUCCUGAUUUCCUUCGCGCCGCCGUCGUCGCUGCCGAUGAUGACAUCAGCAUCGGUGGCUGCGUGUCCGGCCGCGGUGCCGCCGCCGGCGGGCGGUACUGCCGGAUUUUGGUUGUACGACAGAAGCGUUAACCUUUCCGCCGGAAGCCAGGGGCAAGCCAAUAGCAAUCUGGUUCUCACCAAGGCGAGUUGCGGUUGGUGUCGGAAGGAGGGCCUCGAGGCGGCGGCGGCGGCGGCGACGGCGGCAGUUGGAGGCGGUGGCCGCGGCGGCGGCGGCGGUGGCGGCGGAACCGCGGCAGAGCCGCCGACGUCAGCCGCCGCUGCCACCGCCGCCACCAAGGCCGGCGAUGGCGGCAAAGAUAGCGGCGCGUUGUGGGAUUCUUUGGCUGCCCGCAAGGCGGCCUUCAGUGACUUGCCACAGAACGUCGGACGUGUGCAGGUUUUGUCGGUAGACGACGAGCCGGUCAACCAACAGGUAAUGCGGGCGUUACUUUGGGCUGCGGAGUACGACGUCUUGGAGGCGCGAAACGGCGAGGAUGCGCUGGAGAUUAUUCGUACUUGCGAGGUGUUGCCUGAUUUGGUACUGCUUGACGUCACGUUGGGGGGCGCCGUCAGCGGCUUUGAGGUGUGUUUGGAAAUUCGUCGGGAAUAUUCCCCGGGGGAGCUGCCCGUGAUUAUGAUCACUUGCUCCUCCCUGGAGGAAGAUGUGAUCCGGGGGUUGGCGGUUGGAGCCAACGACUACCUGAUAAAACCGCUCCGGAACCUGGAGCUCAUGGCGCGGAUUAAAACACAGUUAGCCCUGAAACGCAGUAUCCGGGUGGCGGCUGAGGCCCGAGUCAAUCGCUCCCUGUUGGGUUCGAUCCUGCCCGCCAACGUCAUUCGACAAUUGAAACAGGGCGUCACACUCAUCGCUCAGUUUCAUGAGGAAGUGACUAUUCUGUUUUCAGGGGACGCCUACAUGAUUGUUUCCGGGCACGACGGUGUGGGAGAUCACGCGGUUCGGAUGUUGAGAAUGGCUCAGAGCAUGUUGGAGGCGGUGAAGGAGAUGCGCGGGUACGACGGUCGGGCGUUACAGAUCCGCGUCGGCAUACACACGGGUCCGGCACACAGCGGAGUCGUGGGGCUGAGCCGACCGCGAUAUUGCUUCUUCGUUCGUAUGGCGAAGUACAGUGUGGUAGUGGUGGAUGGUGCUAUAAGGGCUUCCCGGAUGGAGAGUACGGGUUUUCCCAUGGCCGUACAGGUCAGCGAAUCCACCCUGCGGGCGGUGACCUCGCGCACCGAGUGGGCCGCGGAGUUUAGCUUCGUGCCGUGCGGACCCCGGGACAUAAAGGGCAAGCCUCAGUCGGCUUACGCGGCGGCUGCUGUUGCUGGUUCCAAGGCUGGGGAGCUUGUCAUUCCCUGGCAAGAGGCAAGGGGCAAGGGGCACUCUGCAGGCUGGGAUUGGGAUUGGGAUUGGGAUUGGGAUUGGGAUUGGGAUUGGGCCGGUGUCAUGCACACGUACCUUUUGUGUGCUGGUCUGUACGAACAAGCGCUGGCGGAGGUGACCGCCACCACUGCCGCGGCGGCGGCGGGGCCGAAGCGCCGGGUGGCUGCGGCCGCCGCCGUCACGACGGCGGCAGCGGCGCCGCCGCUGCCGCUUGACGACACUGCCGUGGUUACCACCAGCCCGCGCGGUAUAAAGCCCCCGCCGUCGUCGGUGGCGGCGGCGGCGGCGGCCGCUGCUGCCGAUGGCCUCUCUCUGCCGACGAACAACACCGCCAGUACGAGCAGCUACAGCGGCUACAGCAUGCAAAGCGGGUACGGCGUCGCGUCGCGUGGGCCGUUUGGCUGUCCGGGGUCCAUGCCACUUAGCUCGGGGCCAGCGGCAUCGGCCACGGAAACAGCGGCGGCGGCGGCGACGGCGACGGGCGGGAGGCUCAGCGGGGCGGCGGGGGUGGCAGCAGCGGCGCAUCACGGGUCUGGCAGCGUUGCGUUCAAAGCCGUACCGGGUGUCGUACAAUCGGCGGGUUCGACGUUGUCGGGACGUCCAUCCCUGGAGUCUUCUGGCCGUGGCGCACUGGCCGCGGUCGUAUGCAGGAGCACCUUGAAUAGGCCACAGUCCCCUGUGCCCCCGGGGGUUCGCAACGGCACCGCCUCCGCCAGCGGCGGCGGCGGCGGCGGCGGCGUCCGCCCGGAGGGCACCGCCGCGAAGUCGUCGUCUGCUUGGUCAGGUUGUGUCGAGGAGCUGUCGCUGCAGUACGGCGUGAGCCAGGGCUGUGGCGCCGCCGGCGAGUUGCGGCCGCCGCCGGCGGGCGCCCGGGCGCUAUCCGCCGCCGCCUCUGGGCUCGCGUUCGCCGGCGCCGCCGGUGCCGCCGCUGCGGCGCCGUACCACUCGCGGCCUACGGCAUCUAGCCGUAUCGGCGGACAAAUGCAGCUUCGUCGCAGUACCUUGCGAAAUAGCGAGGAGCUCACUGUAGCUGCUGCCGCGGCUGCCGCUGCUGCUGUGGUGGCGACGGGGACGGCAAGUAAUGCUAGCGGCAAUGGCGAAGGCGGCGGCGAAGAGGAGGCAGCGGCGGCGGCGGCGACGCUGCUUGAUGUUGAGGCACUCAUGGCCGCACAGGAGUUACUCAUGGAUCAGAGGUCGUUUGGAGUUCGUAGUGGCGGCGGCGGCGCUGGCGGCAUUGCCGGCGGCGGUGGCGGCAGCGGCGAGGAGGCCGGCGGCGGGCCACCUGCAUCCUGGUGUGUACAAGUGGAAGCGAUGGAUCUGUCAUCAGCGGUGUACGGCAAUAUCGUACAGGAUUCCACUUCGACGACCCAUGACAUGGCGAACACGUUGGGGAACUGGAUCCAGCAGGGCGGCGGCGGCGGCGAUAGCGGUGGCGGAGGAGCUGAUAGACGAGAGACAACGACGGCGGAGCGGUCGCCGCUGCCAGCGUCGCCGUCAAAGGCGCGUUUACUCGCCCUCUCCGCCGCCACAGUCUGUGCCGCCGCCACGCCGCCUGCUGACGUCGACGUCGAUCUUGCUCGGGAGCCGCCACUGGCUGUUGCAGCGGAGGCGCUGGCAGCCGCCGUAGACAGCGUGCUAACGACACCAUCGGCGUCGUCGCCGCCGCCGGCAGCUUGCCUUUCGCCCAGGCUCCUACAUCCCACCGCUCACGCCGUGAGUAGUACUGCCUGUGCCGAUAGCGGUGCCAUCGGCUGGGCCCGAGGACGCGAACAGGGCAACAAGCAAGGAAUGAUGGCGGCGGUGCCGUCGUCGAACGGCGGUCUGUUCAACAUGGAUUCGGAUGCCGUACUGCAGAUCCACACACACACGGGUCAUCUUUGCCCGGGGGUGGACAGCUCCCGGCCCCGCCUGACGGACCACUACUGUACCACCACGUCGGGGGAUUUUGACGAGCUGGGCAGCAUCGGAGGGCCCUGCUCAUGUUCUCCCGAUGUGUGUGCAGCUGUAUGUCUGUUUGUGCAGCUGCCUGGUGGUGCGAGGGCGGAAAUGACCAUUGGUGCCAUUGGUGACAUGCGUGACGCUGCGUACGGUAACUUGUACGGACAGGCGGCCCAGGUGGCGCAGCCGCUACCCGUGUACGAGCAAGCCCAUGUGUACGGCCAGGGGGCGGCCACGGUGACGGCGCCGUGGAGGAAUGACAGUAGUCCUCAGCGCGGCGGCGAGUCUGGGCAGCCGUACACGGGCGCAGGCGCUGUCGUUGCCGCCGCUACUGGUUUGCACACAGAUGAUGCCGUACUUUUAUUGGCGCUGACGACGGCAAAUGGCAGCAGCGGCGACGGUUUCGCCGGUCUUGCCGCUUCUGUCUCUCGCAGCCCCGCUCCCACCGACAGCCCCCGACAGCUUUCCCCAAUAUUGACAUUGACGGCCGGCUCCCCGCUCAGCGGCGGCAGCGGCGGCGGCGGCGCUUCGUCCGCUAUGGACUCGGUGCCGUACACUCUGGCAACUAACGUUAGUAACUUGUACUACAACCGCCGCAGCUCCGUCGACGUCGUACAUCGGUCAUCGCAGCCGUGUGGUGCUGGCGCUGCUAUUGCUGCUAUCGGAAGACCUGGUGCCGUACACAAUAGGUGGCAUGACGGGCCUCCCGUCGCCGCCGCCGCCGCCGCCGCUAAGACGGGGCUUCCGUCAUGCGCCAGCGUGGAUUUGCCCCGGCGGCACGGGCCGUUUGGAUCCCCAAUUGGAGCAUUGGUCUCUAAGGCGGCGGCGGCAGCGGCAGCGACGGAAGGGUACGGCGACGGUGGCAGUACGGCAGCCCACGGCGGUCUGGGUAUCGCACAGAUGCUCGCACGGGCAUCGGAGCUUGUCGCUGUGGCUAACAACAGUAAUGGUGGCACUGGCGGCGGCGGUGCCGGCAGCGGUGGCGGCGGCGGCGACAGCUCGCAGCCGCCGGUCUCGCCGCGGGUUACGGCAGUGUCCGAGCAUCCUCACCCCCCUCACCAUAACCACCACAACCAUCACCAUCAAGCCAUGGCGUACGGCAUACCUCAAGCCGUACAGGUCAGCCGGCUGGAUCCCGUAGAGGAGGGUUGCGGCUCGUCAGCGGCGCUAACGAUUGACGCAUCCUCCACCUCCAUCGCCCGCAGCAGCAGCAUGCAGAACACGCUGUCCACGGCUGGCGGCGGCGGCGGCGGCGGCACCGCCGAUGCGCGACCGACGCUGCCGUCGACCGGACCUCGCGAAGCAUCGCUCACGGCGCGUACGUUGCGUUUCGCAGCCAACCGCAUACAGCCGCUCUUUACGACAGCGGGGGCGGCGCCGCCUUCGCCCAACAACGGCGGUGUUGAGUGUGGCGACGGCGGCGGCGGCGGCGGUGGCGGUCCUGGGGCCGCGGCGGCGAUAUCUGUCGUAGCGGCAAUGCAGCAGCCCCACUACGCGAACGCAGGGCAUGUGUCUACCAUUGAGAAUGACCCGCGGGUCGCUGCAGGCGCAGCUGCCGUCGUAGAGGGCUCGCGGCUGCCAUCCCAGCUGUCGAAGCGCUCCCUGUCUAAGAUCCUGCGGAAAGUCAAGGCUGCAUUCAAACCUGGCAGCGGUAGUGGUGGUGGUGGUGGCGGUGAUAGCGUCGCCAGCCCCCGCGGCGGCGGCGGCGGCAGCGGCAGCGACGGCCAUUAG